AUGCGGAGGCAACGGGAGGAUGAUGUAAACGGCGGUGAGGUGCAGCGGUUGCGUGCGGUGCGAUUGGAAGGCACAAGUGAUGCUGCUAAUCUUCCUGAGGUGAAGGCUGCAGUCAAUCCCUUUACAAUGCGGCCGUUUUCAAAGCAAUACUAUGAGAUUCUUGCCGUUCGAGCCACGCUCCCGGUGUAUGAAAAGGCAGAAUUACUCAAGCAAUACGUACGUGACCAUCAAGUUGUUCUGCUUGUGGGAGAGACUGGGAGUGGUAAAACCACCCAGGUUCCACACUUUGUUGCGGAAAUGGGUCGGCCAGGCCUCGUUGCCUGCACCCAACCUAGGAGAAUCGCCGCCAUUUCUGUGGCAACGCGUGUCGCCACGGAGAUGGACGUAAAACUUGGAGAGGAGGUUGGCUACCAUGUUCGGUUUCAGUCCAUGAUGGGUGAAAAAACGCGGGUACUAUACAUGACAGAUGGUAUGCUUCUACGAGAGGCCUUUUCAGAUCGGGAGUUGUCACGGUUUGGCGUUAUUAUUGUAGAUGAGGCACACGAGCGCACAAUAGACACAGACGUUCUGCUUGGCGUUUUACGUCUUCUUAUGGAACGCCGUCCUGAGUUUCGACUCAUUGUAAUGUCUGCAACACUUGACAUGCAAAAGUUUCGGGCAUACUUUCCUCAAGCACCACUAUUGCAAGUAACAGGUCGUAUGUAUGAUGUUCAAGUUAAGUAUACACCAUACCCGGUAAAGGAUUACGUGGAGGCUUCUGUGCGGUGCGUGUGUGAUAUUCAUAUGAACGACUCACCCGGAGAUGUCUUGUGUUUUCUCUCAGGUGAGGCAGAAAUUGAGAGGGCAGUGUCGUUGACAAAAAUGAAGCUAGGCUCUUUGGUAGUUCGAGAUUUGGAGACCACACGUGAUAGUCAAGGACCAAUGUGGGUGCAAGUCUUGCCACUAUACGGCUCACUUAGUGUGGAGGAACAAAAGCGUGUAUUUGCUUCUGUUGGUCCUCAUACAAGGAAGGUGAUCUUCGCCACGAACAUUGCGGAGACUUCACUCACAAUUGACGGUAUUGUUUACGUGGUUGAUUGUGGGUAUCAUAAACAAAGUUUGUAUAACUCGGAGGUUCGUGUGGACUAUUUACUUCCCGCACUCAUUAGCAAGGCGUCAGCCGAACAACGUAAAGGGCGUGCGGGCCGAACGCGCCCAGGUAAGUGUUUUCGCCUGUUUCGUCCACAGGACUUUGCUACUUUUCCGGACCAGACACACCCUGAGGUGCUGCGUUCAAGUUUGGUCAAUACUGUACUGUUACUGCUUAAGCUUGAGGUGGAGAAUCCGUAUCAGUUUGUCUUCCUUGAUCCACCCUCCCAGCAAAGCAUUACGGAUGCAUAUUGUCAGCUGAGUUUCUUUGGUGCCGUUGAUGACGACCUGCACCUGACAGAAUUCGGUAAAUUAAUGGCUGAGUUUCCAGUUGAUGCCUGUCUCUCCCGCAUGUUAAUACGCUCCGCGGAAUACCGUUGUGGCGCCGACGCGGCGGUUCUUGUUGCCAUGUUGGAGGUUGGUAAUGUCUAUGUGCGUCCGUCAGGACGUGGAAAUGAGGCAGAUCAACAGCAUGCUACGUUUCAGCACCCUGAUGGUGAUCACCUAACACUUUUUAACGUGUUUCAUGCUUUUUGGCGCAACAAUCAAUCUCCGCAGUACUGUUUUGACCAUUUUUUGCGUUAUCAAGCCCUGGCGCAGGCCACUCGCGUGUAUGCGCAGCUGACAAAGCUAAUGGGGAAGAAGCAAAUUCCUAUUGUCUCCACCUACGAUGAUAAGACGAGAUCUUUAGACUCAGUGGCGCUACGGAAGACAGUACUUGAAGGAUUCUUUACGCAGGUUGCCUAUAAGUCGCCCUCUGCAGAGAAUUACAAGACAGUGAAGGAUUCUCAGUCGGUUGUGUUGCACCGUCAGUCGGUGUUGUCGAAAAGGAAGCGCCCCCCAUGGAUUGUCUACGACCGCCUUGAAGUACAGGGAAACGAAGGAACGUUUAUACGUGUCGCGUCAAGGAUUGAACCAGAGUGGUUGAUUGUGGUUAGUGACUUCUUUACAGAUCCGGCGGAGUUGGCAGACGGGGAGAUUUGCCACAUAUUGAAAAACUUAACCAAAACAGUUUGA